UGUCUGCAGAGAUCAUGCCGGUCGUUUGGAUGCUGCGGCGGGUUGCCAGCCGGAUGCUGCAGAGACCGGCCUGUGGCUGCCAGGCUCCUGUCCUGCCCAGCCGGUUUCUGGGCACCUCCCCUCAGCAGAUUCCAGCGGAUGCCAACUUCCACUCUACCUCGUUCUCUGAAGCAGACCAACCGCGCGUCUUAAUUACAGGGGGUCUUGGCCAGCUUGGAGUGGGGCUUGCUAGCUUUUUGAGGAAACGAUUUGGGAAGGACAACGUGAUUCUGUCUGACAUUCGGAAGCCCCCUGAGCACGUCUUCCUUAGUG